AUGGUACAGAAACGAAACACAUUUUUGAUACUUAUACUUUGUAUAUUAUGGUAUAUCUGUUCAUCAACGAACAAUGUCAUAGGCAAGCUCGUCCUCUCAGAAUUUCCAUAUCCGAUGACAGUGACGAUGGUUCAAUUAUUAUCCAUAACUGUUUAUAGCGGUCCAUUCUUCAAUUUAUUUAACAUAAGGAAAUAUUCUGAUAUGAAUUGGCGAUACUACUUCACAUUUAUAGUUCCACUGGCAUUUGGCAAAUUUCUUAGCUCCGUUACUAGUCAUUUCUCUAUAUGGAAAGUGCCCGUCAGUUAUGCUCACACAGUCAAGGCAACAAUGCCUCUCUUUACUGUCGUUCUGUCGCGAGUGAUUAUGAAGGAGAAGCAGACAACGACAAUUUACUUUAGCUUACUACCGAUCAUUGCUGGUGUUUUAAUCGCAACGUUGACUGAAAUAUCUUUUGAUAUGAUAGGACUGAUAAGUGCUUUGAUUUCUACUUGUGGAUUCAGCUUACAGAACAUUUUCUCAAAGAAGGUGCUUAAAGAAACUGGAAUUCAUCAUUUAAGGUUGCUACACAUUCUUGGUAGACUAGCUUUGUUCCUGUUUAUUCCCCUUUGGAUAUAUUACGACAUGUUUAGCGUACUUUCACAUACAGCUAUUGCUAAUUUAGAUUAUAGAGUGAUUUCACUUCUAUUUGCGGAUGGCGUAUUAAACUGGCUUCAAAAUAUUCUCGCAUUCUCAGUGUUAUCACUUGUCACACCCCUCACAUAUGCUGUAGCCAGUGCAUCGAAGAGAAUCUUCGUAAUUGCAAUUUCACUGUUUGUUCUUGGAAAUCCAGUGACAUGGAUGAAUAUCGUCGGAAUGUUAACAGCAAUUAUUGGUGUUUUGUGCUAUAAUCGAGCAAAAUAUUUUCAAAGAUCACAAAAGACAUCCCUGCCGUCAUAUGUUAAUGAUCAGUAUCAAAAGCUCAUACCAAACGGAACACAUAAUCAAAAUGGAAUUAAUCAGAAUCUUUUAUUUAAGCCAUCAAAUUUAAGCAGUGGAUCAAGCAUGUUAGUCAUGUAA